UUCGAAAGCAGCCCUCUGGAAGACGCUCAGCAACCCGCCGUUCUUGUUCUUUUUCUAUUGAGCUUCUCCCGUGUGGUUAUAUACUCACUUUGGUUUGUAUACGUCAGCCGAGCCGAUUGCGAAUUGACUUCGCAAUCUUCUUAGCCCGAAUCGAAGAGCCUGGUUGUCCUUUGUCCACCCGCACGGCCAGACAGAGCGCGUCGAAAACCCCAGAGCAUAAAAAACAAGGCUAGUUGACUCCCACUGCUCCUUUGUUUCUAUAUUACUGUCACAACGAUGGCGCCUCCAGCAAUUAUUGCACCCUCCAUCCUCUCUGCCGACUUCGCCAAUCUUGGUGCGGAAUGCUCGAAUCUCAUGAAGGCGGAUAGCGAUUGGAUCCAUGUCGACAUUAUGGAUGGUCAUUUUGUGCCCAAUAUAACCUUUGGUGCCCCGGUGGUGUCGAAUAUUCGGGCCCAUGUGCAGAAACCAGCGAGCAUCGGUGGAAAGGGGACGUUUGACUGCCAUAUGAUGAUUGCAGAGCCUCAAAAAUGGGUAAAAGAAUUUAAACAAGCUGGCUGCGAUCUUUAUUGUUUCCAUUGGGAGGCGGCGAUGACUUCCACUGCUGCGAAGGAUCCAACUGAUAAAGAGACCACGGCGAGAACCAGCCCGAAGGAACUGAUCCGGUAUAUCCACGAGACGGGCAUGCAAGCGGGAAUUGCACUCAAGCCGGCGACUUCGGUGGACGUCCUGUGGGAUAUCUUGGAGAAUCCCGUGGAGAUCGAGAGGCCGGAUAUGGUCCUGAUAAUGACAGUCAACCCGGGCUUUGGCGGACAGAAAUUCAUGGCUUCUGAACUCCCCAAGGUCGCGGCCCUGAGAAAGAAAUAUCCGGACAUGAACAUUGAGGUCGAUGGAGGUUUGGGCGUGGGAACCAUCGACCAAGCUGCUGACGCUGGCGCCAACGUGAUCGUAGCUGGAUCGGCGGUCUUUGGAGCCAAGGAUCCUGCAGAGGUUAUUGCAAAGCUUCGAGAGGCCGUGGAGAAGAGGAGAAGCGCAUGAACAUGGGUGGAUAUUUGAUGUGCGUUCCGAAGCAGUGUAUAACAUAGCCUUAUAGAAAAGAUAUAUACUCCGUAGAUAGUUUUUCUUUUUCUUUUUCUUUUUCUUUUUUUUUUUUUUUUCCUUUUUGCUUUUUUUCCCCCCUCCCGACUCGCUUUAUGGUUUAUGAGAACGAGUUGUUUCUUCAGGCAGGGAGAAAAAAAGGAUACCGAUAUAUGAUGGUCAUGAUGUGCAUUCCAGCAAUGCCAGUGUUAUCAUUUGAUAUUCAUUAUUAAUUAGAGGAAUAAUACGGAGUA